AUGUGGAUAAAGUUUCGUGCAACAUACGAUCGAAAUCAUGAUACAUUUCGCAUCGAGUUCUUGGUCAUCCCAUGCAUUGCUCUUGCGCUUCUCAUCAAUCACGAAUUCACGGUCAUGGAAGUUAUGUGGACAUUUUCUAUUUAUCUGGAAUCGGUUGCCAUCAUGCCACAACUUUUCAUGCUUUCUCGUACUGGCAGCGCCGAAACUAUCACUGCGCAUUAUUUGUUUGCACUUGGCUCAUAUCGAGCGCUGUACAUACUGAACUGGAUCUAUCGCUAUUACACAGAAGGCUUCUUCGAUCCCAUUGCAGUCAUAUCUGGCGUUGUUCAGACGGUGCUUUAUGCUGAUUUCUUUUAUCUGUACAUCACUCGUGUUUUACGUCAGAAGCGUGGUUUGCAGCUCUCGGCAUAG